AUGGGGCUCCGGUCCAGGGACGACCCCCGCGGCGGGGAGUGCCGCGGCUCCCGCGCAGGGAAGGAGCCCCCGGGCCACGGGCCGCAGCCUGCCGAGCCGGCGGGAGCCGAGGCGGCUCGCGGUGGAGGCGGCGGCGGCCCGGCUAGGCGGGCCGAGGGCGAGGGGGGCGAGUCGGAGGAGGAGGACUACGAGGACUUGGAGGACUUCUCGGAGCUGCCGGACACGCGCAGCAUCGCCUCCGACGACUCCUUCUACCCGCCGCCCUGCGACGACGACGAGGGCGACGACUGGUCGCUGGGCGAGUCGGAGAGCGGCGACAGCCCCGAGCCGCUCAGCCUCUUCCGCGCCUGCUGCACCAACAACGCCGUCGCCCUGAGGGCGCUCAUCCGCCAAGGGCCCGAGGAGGGCGAAGUGCGGGAGACCGACCGCAACAAGCGGACUGGCCUUAUUAUUGCCUGUUACCAGGGGUUUGUGGAUAUCGUAAUAGCCUUAUCGCAGUGCCCUCAUAUUGAUGUAAACUGGCAGGACAAUGAAGGCAACACAGCUCUUAUUACAGCUGCCCAGGCAGGACAUAUAACUAUUACAAGUUAUUUACUGAAUUAUUAUCCUGGUCUUGAUAUUGAGAAAAGAAACAUCUUUGGAUUUACUGCACUAAUGAAAUCUGCAAUGCAAGGCCGAACAGAAUGCGUCAGAGCCUUAAUGCUGGCAGGGGCCAGUAUUCAUGCAACAGACCCAGGCCGUGGGUUCACUUCCCAGGAAUGGGCAUGGUUCACAGGAAGGCUAGAAUCUGUCUGUCUUAUGCAGAGACUUAUGGAUAGGCCUUGUGCUGAGCAGUUUUGUGAUCAGUAUGAGCUAGAAUGGCCAAAGCUGAAAGAACUCCUUACCAAACCUGUAGAGCCAAAAAGCUGUUUGCAGAGGAUCUCAGAGGGUAUGAGAUCAGUCAUGCCUUUCAAAGCUUCCCAUGAGCCUGAAGAAGAUGGUGUCCUUGAUCACAUGGUGAGGGUGACGACAAGUCUAAGGAGCUGCUUUGUUGGCAUAGUCUGUAAAACCGUGUGCCCUGGAAGUCCUCCUGGUAUAGGAAAACGCAGACCUGCUGUGCAGGAAAUCCUUAGGAGACAAAGAAUCCAGGAAAUCAAAUCUCUAGAAGAUAAAGACCGUUUAAACAGCUAUGAAAAACUGUUUCAGAAUUCCAGAGUUACAUUAGUCUCCCAAAAAAAGGAGCGGCGAGCCAGCCUACAGCCUGUAAACCUACACUUCCGUCAGGUGAACACUGUGAUUCCAAGGAAAACCAGCCUCUUGCCACUGCACUUGCUGAGAAGGAGCAGUGUGCGGCCAGGAUUUGUCAUCCCCAAAGUCCGUAUCACCAAGGCACCCCCACCUACUUUCCAGCCAGAGAUACUCAGACGACAGAGCAGUGUCGUUGAUGGGAACUACCUGCAGAUUCCCAAAUGGAGGUAUAAAGAGCUAAGGGAAGAAAGGAAGAAAGCAGAGGAAGAAGAAAAGAAGAAGGCAGAAGAAGCCAAGAAACAGAAACCAGGGUCUCCCCGGGGAAACAGGACUUGA